ACGUCGGGGCCGUUUUCAAACUUCGUCGUCAGCGUGAACGAGUACAGCGCAGCUGGCGUCCAACCGGGCGCGCAAUGAAUCAAGCCAGUGCUCUUUUACGUUCAUUCCCCCGGGUUUUAUUGGUUAAAAAACAAAAACAAAAAAGUGAAAAAGAGCAGUCCCAGUGUCAGACUUUGGUUUGACUGUGGCUCCUUCUGCUGAGCUAAGUUAUUAUUCAGGUCUUUGCAGACGCCUGAGUCAUUUGAUAGGUGCUGCUACAAGCACAGAAGGAGCUCCUCAACUACAGUGGCAUCGGCAUUAGCGUUCUCGAGAUGAGUCACAGAUCAUCAGACUUCAACAAAAUCCUCAACAAAACAGAGGGUCUCCUGCGAGAGCUGUUAAAUAUCCCAGACAACUACAAGGUGAUGUUUCUGCAGGGCGGCGGGUCUGGACAGUUCAGCGCUGUUCCUCUCAACCUGAUUGGCCUUAAAGAGGACAUGUGCGCCGAUUACCUGGUCACCGGCACAUGGUCAGCAAAAGCCGCAAAAGAAGCGGAGAAAUACGGCAAAAUCAGAAUUGUCCACCCGAAGCUGGACAGUUACACGAAAAUCCCCGACCCAAGCAGCUGGACCCUGAACCCCUCAGCCUCCUACGUGUACUACUGCUGCAACGAGACGGUCCACGGCGUGGAAUACAACUUCACACCUGAAACAAAUGGGGUGGUCCUCGUCAGCGACAUGUCCUCCAACUUCCUGUCCCGACCUGUGGAUGUGUCGAAGUUUGGGCUGAUUUUCGCCGGCGCUCAGAAGAACGUAGGCUGUGCCGGGGUAACUGUGGUCAUUGUGCGAGAGGACUUGUUAGGCCACGCUCUGCAAAAGUGUCCCAUUGUCCUGGACUACAAGGUGCAGGCUGAAAUGAACUCCCUCUACAACACACCGCCGUGUUUCAGUAUCUACAUCAUGGGUCUGGUGCUGGAGUGGAUCAAGAACAAUGGCGGGAGCGCCGCCAUGGAAGGGCUCAACAAGCAGAAGUCCUCCAUGAUUUAUGAUAUCAUCAACGCCUCUAAUGGCUUCUAUGUGUGUCCUGUGGACGUGGCUUGUCGAAGCCGCAUGAAUGUACCAUUUCGUGUGGGGAAGAAAGAGGGAGAUGACGCCUUGGAAAAGGAGUUUCUGGAUGGAGCAUCCAAACGUGGAAUGAUAUCACUGAAAGGACACAGGUCAGUUGGAGGAAUCCGUGCAUCUCUGUACAACGCCGUGACACUGGAGGACACCGAAGCCCUGGCUGCCUAUAUGAAAGAGUUCCUCAAGGAGCACCAAUAAGACAGGCCUAAUAUCACACAGUGGCAUUUCAUUACUUCAGUACCGUUUUUAAAAAAAAGUUUACCUCUACUUGAGAUCCUUGUUGGAUCUGGAAGGUGCACCUUUAGAUGCCUGUUUUGUAACACCCGGUCAUUUUUCCUAAUAAGCCUUAACCACUGCUGUUGCCAGUUAUGUCUUAAUUACACCUGUAUGUCGUAGAGUUACCAUUCCAAUGAAUUUAUUGACUAACAUUGCUUUGAUAUACGUACUGUAGGUAAUUGUUGUUACUUGUUCAAAAUAUAUUUACAUUCCAGUAAAUCUAACUUGACAAUACGUA